AACAAACUGAACAAGCCAAACCCAUAGUCUGUUCAACAGAAACAAAAAGCUUAAUGUGGUUUGACUGGUUUCCAUGAAACACUUUUUUUGGUUGCGUUUCCUCAAACAACAUUCCGCAUGAACAUCAUAAGUACUAUGAUUGGUUGAUAGAAGUCACAUUCUGUGUAGUUUUCAUCAGUAUAUGUUUGAUUGUUACGGAGCUGACAACGAGAGGAUCAUCUGACAACGGAAACGGUGAAUUAGACUUGGUUCUUCAAAUGGCUGCAGCAAGUGAAAAACAUUGGGUAAUGCUUGUCGCUGGUUCAAAGAGAUGGAAAAACUACAGGCACCAGGCCAACGUGUGUCAUGCCUAUAAGAUAAUGCAUCAGAACGGGGUUCCUGACGAUCAGAUCGUGGUGAUGAUGUAUGAUGACAUCGCUUAUAAUCCUAAAAACCCUUAUCCUGGAAACAUUAUCAAUAAACCAAAUGGGCCGGAUGUGUAUCCAAGGGUUCCAAAAGACUACACAGGAGAGGAUGUGACACCUGAAAACUUUCUGGCUGCACUCACAGGAGACAGAAGUGCCGUGAGAAAGAGAGGCCCGAAAAAAGUCAUUACAAGUGACAAAAAUGACACAAUAUUCGUUUACCUGACGGAUCAUGGAAGUCCAGGUUUAUUUGGUUUUCCUAACAGCACUCUUUAUGCCCAUGAUCUUAUUACAGCGAUCAAGAAAAUGGUGAAAAAUCACCAGUUCUCUAAGAUGGUGAUAUAUUUGGAAUCCUGUCAUUCUGGAUCAAUGUUCGCCCACCUCCCCAGCAACGUGCAUGUAUACGCAGUGACUUCAACUAAAGCAAACGAGAAGGGCUAUGCCUGCUAUCAUGACCGUGUGAGGAAGACCUUUCUCUCUGAUGAAUUCUCAGCUGUUUGGAUGGACUACAAAGAAACGGUUAACCUUGAAAUAGUAACAUUCCAGGAUCAGUUUCACAAUCUUCAGAAAAAGAUGAAGAAAUCUUGCUCCUGUCGCUUUGGAGACAUGACGGUUAGUAAACGUCCAAUCAGUGAGUUUUUGAAAAACACCCCUCGAAGACAGAGGAAUAAACCUCAGGAGCUCGUGUUAACCGAUUUGACUUCCACCCACGACGUCCCUUUCAAAAUCCUAAAUCACCGAAUUGAAACAGAAACUGAUGCAGGCAGAAGGCAAGAUCUGAUCAGAAAACUUGAUGCUCUUCAUCGGACUAAAGCUAAAAUUGAAAGAACUGUUGAGGCUAUCACCCGCUACUUUCCUAGUGUAGCUGAGGAUGAACUGGAUGGGGAUUAUAGUUCUGCGAUUGAUUUACAAGAUUUUAAAACUGUAGCUGAGCAUUUCAGGACAAGAUGCUUUAACUGGCAUGAGGAAGAGUUUCAGAUGACUUUGUCCUACAUGCAUGUAUUUGCUCAUCUCUGUGCGUGUGGAAUUGAAGUAGAGAAAAUCAAAGAGGUCAUAACAACAGUCAGAGAAAGAUCCAGUGUGUUCCCAUAGCUUAUAAAAGCGUGUGAAAAUCAGACUAAAUGAAUCCUUACAAUGUGUAGAAAUAAUGAAAGUUGCUUAUGUUUAAAAAAGUCCAACCUGUGAGGGAAUGUGCUCAUGUAUCAACCAUAACUGUGGUUAAAAGAAGACCUUUUGCAGACCUUUUUUCUCACUAAAAGACUCAUUUAUUUUAAUUCUUUCGUAUCUUUCAGCUAACGCGUCUAUUAAAUCAGGAUCAGUAUAAUCGUCUCGCAGUUGAACACACUAAGUUUCAUGCCAUUGGAUUAGUGUAGUGCUUUUACAAUACAUAAUGUUCUAAACACAAAAAAAAUGCCUGCUAUAUUUAAUCACACUUUCAUGAGUUUGUAAGUAUGUGCUCAUCUGAAAAUUACUCGCUGUGCAAGUCAACAAAAACUUUCUAAAAUUAUUAGAAAGAAAACAAAGGGCUCAUGUUCUCAGGGAGGAACAAAUUUAAAGGAUCAUAGACAAACAAACAAAACGAAUGAGCAAUUCAGUUCUGUUUAAUAUGAACAAAUAAAAAACACACUUAAAAAAUAAACGUAACAAUAUUUUGACUUGCUUCACGAUACCUUAUGCAUCAUUUAAUGUUAAAGAGUCACAGCUUAUUGUAAAGUUUGCUGGUUCGUAUGAACACAAACAGAAUCUUAAUUUUAAUAUACACUAUUGUUGUCAUAAUAUCAGAACACACAGUGACCGGAAACCAGUUCACACCUGAUGUGAGUGAUUAAAACCGUAGAUACUCACUUGCUUAACAUGAAAAGAAAUAAAAAAACAGGUAUUGUUAAGAGAUUAGUCCUGGUUCCACCCCCAAACCCAGCACAUAUUUUACGUUGCUUUUAUCUUGUCUACUGCUACAGUAUUCAUAUUUGACCUGUAAUUCACCUGCAUUUGAUUGAUCUGAGUCAUGUAUUUUAGUCAUUUGUUCUAUCUUUGAUCUCUGAUUGUUAAUAUAAAAAAUGAAAACAAGUAUAUUAAUUGUAAUCAAUGAAUAGAUUGUUCUCACUGUUAUUAGACAACAAGAGCAAGACAAUACAGAACGAUAAUAGUGAGAUCACACACAAUACCAUUUAAAAUACAAUAAAAUGACAAUUCAUGCAGAUUGAUUCAUCUCAUGCCAAACACACAAAUUAAAAUGAUAGAUGUUCGAUAUUUAUAGUAGCUUUAUAUAAAUUGUAACAAAAUA